AAGCCGAAAAGUGACGUUUUCAUUAGCGGGAAUUUGGCGCAAAAAGUGAUUUUCUCUUGUAAUUUCUUGCAUUUUUGAUCAAAAUUAGUUGGUACUGAGUUGUGGAAAGUGUUGAAUUUUCAUGUGUAAUGAGAAAAUUCUCUUUACUAAAUUUUAUUGGUCUUUUUCCAGUAAAAUUCAAUCAUUGUAAAUCAUGAAAACUCGAUCAAAGGACAAGGAAAGUGACAAAUUACCAUCUCCACGAAGAUCUACUGAUGGAGCUUCUGGUAAAAAGACUGGAAAAGUCACUAAGGUCCGGGAGACAAAGACUAAAAUGAAUGCCACAAAAAACAUUUCUAAAGUAAUUAAAUUACCACUAAAAGAUAAGAAAAAUCUCCCUGGAGAUAUUUCUGAGCAAACAGAGAUGAUUCCAAGUGAGGAAGUUGUGAAGCGUUCUCGAAGGAAGCCGGCGAAAAUAGCCGCUGCAACGGUAACGUCUCAGGGAAUAACGGCAACUAGAGGAAAAAAAAUUGCUGCAGAGAAGGGAGAUGAAAAACAGCCUUCGAAAAGAUCUAAAAGGCAGCAGGAGAAGGCAGGAAAUGAAGAACAGAUCAAGGAGAAAUCUGAUGGAGGAGUUAAGGAUAUGGCAAAAAGUCAAGGCAGAAAAGCCAAAACCCCUCUUGAACCGGUCCCAGAGGAAAAAAGUGAUAAGUCCCCAGUGAAAAAAGAAAGUCGGUUGAGAAAGCAAGCUGCCGAAACUCAGGCAGGACCAAGCAAAGGAAUCAGUACAAAUGAUGCUGCACCUGACGUGCCAGAGGUAAAGAAAACACGGAGGGUACGCAACAGGAAGGAAAAUUUAGUGAAUGAGGAUCCAGUGCCAGAGAAAAGACCUACAAGGACAAGAGGGAAGACUCCAGUUCAAAAAGCAGAAGCUUCUGAAAUCAAAAGCCAGCCUCUCCGGAAGAGAAAGAAUGUCACUAAAAACAGUGAAAAACAGGAUGUAGCUAGAGAUAAAGGGAAAGCCACUGGUAGUCGUGGAGAGGCAAAAGUACAGGAUAGCGAUACAUUCGAGUCAGAUACACCCCAGAAAACACCGCUGGAGGUAAAUGUUGUUGUUCAUCAUCCACCUGCUCAGCUAAGUGAAAGUGAUGAAGAAUUAUCAGACAAAGAAAAUAAAGUAAGGCAGAAUGUAUCAACAAAUUCUGAACCUGCUGCAAAUGCAAGUGUCGAGAAGAAGCCUAUUUACAAGAUUCUGGGAUCAAAAGCUAAUCCUGUGGCUUUGGAUCAGUUGAUUGUGAUGGAAGAUGCGGCAGCAGGUGAAACCAGUGGUGUCUAUGACUUCUCCCUGAGUCAAAAUGGAGCUGGUGGUAAAGAUGCGAAGAAAAAGCGAAAGCGCAGAAGACGCAUAGUUAUGCCGAAAAAGGUUAAAACUAAGAGAAUUUGGAGUGAUAAGGAAGUCAAUAGGGCCAAGAAGAAAAUGACAGUGACGCAGAUGAAGAUGGAGAAACUGCAAUCAAUUCCGGCUCAUAUUCGUGAAAAAGUCAGGGAUAAAGAGAAAUUGAAGAAUAGGCAAUCUCUGCAUGCAUCAACUCCCUUGAAAACUGUUCAGAGAAUGGAUGUGGCAAAUGUGAUAUCGCCAAUUCACCAAACCGAUGAGGAAUUCGUGGAGAGGCCGGCUUCUGAAACUCACGAGAUCGACAAUGACAUGGAUGAUUCCAGAUUUGUUGAAAAUUUGUCCGGAGACAAAACUACGGUUGAUCCUCCGAGGAAGGAUGAUGUUCAGCCAUGGAGAACAGAUGAGGCUCAUUCUCUGCCCACAACAUCCCAUGUAAGACAUUCAGAUCAUGACUUCCUGCCCACUUUUUCCAGCGAUGUGAUCAUCAAGGCUACUCCGAAGAAGCCAAAGCCGUCCCCCAGAACACCACAAACAAAAUCCAAUGAUCUUGAUCAUUCUGAUCCAGGACCAUCAUCCCUUCCUGAAAAGACAUUCAGAAUCAGUCCUGCUUCCAAGUCCGCAGAAAAUGUCAACACUGAACAAAAUAUCCCAGAUAAGGAAGAUCCUAUUUUCAAUUACACUCUGGAGAAUUUCUUUGGUUUCGAAACAGAAAAUACCCUCGAAGUGGAUGUGGAGAUUGCUGAGAAACAUGGAGAGGAUGCGCUGCGCAAGGAGCGAGAACGCCUUAAAGCACUAGCUCCGCCUAAAAAGAAAGUAAAAAUUGAAAAAGUAACUCCAGUUCGUCGUGGAAAAAGGGUACAACAGCUCACAAUUAAGGAGGCCAUUCCUUCAACAUCCAGGCAGCCACAUAAGAAGACGCCAGAUGAGGAUAUUUUUGAGCCUGAGAAACCAGACCGUCGCGAAAAACGGGCUCAAAAACUCACUUCCAAGGAAGCCAUUCCUUCAACAUCGAGGCAACCGCCUAAGGAAGCGCCUGAUGAGAAUAUUUUUGCACCUGAGAGGCCAGAGCCACGAAAGAGUUAUUCCCGUCCGAAAGCACGCCAAAUUGAGAGGGAGUCAUCGGAUGACAGUGAUGAAGAGAAGCCACCGCAGACAGUGGAAGAGGAAGGCGAGGAAAUUAUGAAAAAAUAUCAAAAAAAGACGAAGACAAAAUCCAAGGCAAAGGUCAAGGUGAAGGAUUUGAAGCAGCAACAGGAACUCGAGGAAUUCUGCACGUCCUUCAAUGAAAUGUGCGACGAAGUGGAACAAUUUGAGAUGUUGGUGGAAUAAUUCACAGGAUUCUACUUCUUUACUCUUUCUUUAUUUUCCAUACUUUGUUUUUCAAUGUUCACAAAUUUGCAAUUUUUCUGUAUACCUUUUUCUAUAUAAUUUCUGGAAUCAUAAUCGUAUUUUUUUCAUAUAUUUCUCUUUGUUUUCUAUUAUUUUUUUUUUGUGUGAAAGGCAUUGGCAUUGAGAAGCCUCAAACUAUCUCCUUUAUAGACCUUUAAGUAAGAAGUUUUGUUUAGGUUUUUUUUUCAUUUGAAAUAUAGAUGUGAAGUGUUGUAAUCAUUAUUUUUUUUUGUCUUAAUAUUCUCUGUUACUGAAGAAAUAUCUUGCAAAGUAUCUCUAUUGCCUUUGAAAUAAAUCUCUAUAUAUUUUUUUAAAAGUUACUUUACGUAAUUGCUUAGGAUUUAAAGAGAAAACUUUGUCAAGGAAGCAGAGAUUGAGGUUACUGAUUAAUUUAAAAAAAAAGUAUCUCAGAGAUAUAAUUAAAGUUUCUUUUAUUACACUUGAAAAGAAAAAAAGAAACUCCUCAAUAUGUUCAAUUAAAAUAAAAUAAGAAAAUGUAUCAUUAAGCUGAAACACUCUCCAUCACGACUAGAAUUUAAGCAUAAUAUGAUAAAAAAAAUGAAGUCGUACAAAAUAAUAAUAAAUAAGGGUAUAAAUAAAA